AUGGCGGACGAAGAAGAGGACCCUCCUUUUGAAGAAGAUACUGAGGAGGCUGGAGGAGGCCCAGAUGGUGGACAGGGGAAAAGGAAGAGGCUGUUCUCCAAGGAAUUAAGAUGUAUGAUGUAUGGAUUUGGAGAUGACCAGAAUCCUUACACAGAGUCGGUGGAUAUUCUUGAAGACUUGGUUAUAGAAUUCAUCACAGAAAUGACCCACAAAGCAAUGUCAAUUGGACGGCAAGGUCGAGUACAGGUUGAAGAUAUUGUAUUCCUGAUCCGUAAAGACCCAAGGAAGUUUGCUCGUGUGAAGGACUUGUUAACAAUGAAUGAAGAACUGAAACGGGCCAGAAAGGCAUUUGAUGAAGCAAACUAUGGAUCUUAAGGCCUCAUGUUAUGCAGAUGUGGGUGGUAUGUGCAGAAUGGCAUGUUUCAUUUUUCUGACUUGUGUUGUCCUCAAGGAUUCACCAAACAAAGUGAAGUUCUUGCAUUCCCCAUGACAGUGUGGAUAAUUAUAGUACUUUACUAACGGGAACAAAUCUCUGCAGUUUGAAGGUGGGUGGGUGAUGUACCUUCUCUUUCCAAAUAUACCUUAAGUGGCAAUUCUACAGUGGCUUUUAGGUUCUGUGAAAAUUGGAAAACACACCACUCUAGGUUAGUUAAUACCAACAUUGUGAAAAAAUAUCAAUCUUGAUGGUUGUAAACAUCACAGGAACUUACUCCAAAAUGAGGUGCCUCAUUCUAUAAACACAGGAGUGAAAACUAUGGGCAAUUAUGUCAAGAGAUCAGAGCUGCUUGCAGUUUGGCAGUUGAGGCAUAUAUCAUAGGCAGUGUUAUUUGUUUCUCUGAGUAAGUGGAGGAAACACUCUAUUUGUACUUUUCCCCCCAGCUGAGAAUGGCCCAUAACAGGUGCUAGAAGACAAACCAACACUUUGCUUUGCCAAGUGUAAGAAUUGUUUUGUAAAUUGUUCCAGAACUUUGUAACUGGAACAAUUGUGUUUUUUUAGGAUUGUUGUUGUUUUGCUUAGUUACUGUAUAGAUACACAUUGUAUAACUGAUUCAAUUUAUGAAUUGCUUCCCAUAAAUGUUAUUUCACAGUAAAUACUAGUGCUUUGGAAUUAUUAAUGAAUAUGAAUAAACACUUUCACCCAUGCAUCUCUUGUAAUGGGAGAAACCAA